AUGCCGUCACAUGUAUGUGAGAACAUUGAGAAUGAACUAAAUGUGUUUGAUGGGUUGCAUUCUCUAUCUGUUUCUCGGACUGUAAAAACGUACGAAAUGGGUGAAAUGAUGAAUACGGAUGUUGAGACGGAUGAAAUGAUGAAUACAGAUGUUGAGACAGAUAAAAUGAUGAAUACAGGUGUUGAGACGGAUGAAAUGAUGAAUACAGAUGUUGAGACGGAUGAAAUUAUGAAUACAGAUGUUGAGACGGAUGAAAUGAUGAAUACAGAUGUUGAGACGGAUGAAAUUAUGAAUACAGAUGUUGAGACGGAUGAAAUGAUGAAUACAGAUGUUGAGACAGAUGAAAUGAUGAAUACAGAUGUUGAGACAGAUGAAAUGAUGAAUACAGAUGUUGAGACAGAUGAAAUGAUGAAUACAGAUGUUGAGACGGAUGAAAUGAUGAAUACAGAUGUUGAGACAGAUGAAAUGAUGAAUACAGAUGUUGAGAUGGGUGAUUUUUUUGUUGGAGUUACCGCCGUAUUACAAGAGAAAACGGAUAUUGAGACGCCAAGACAGAGGACGGGAAGAUGCGGUUUGCGCCGCCAGUAUUUGAUGGAGAUUUAA